AUGCAUCCAGCAGUGCUGGAGUGUGUCAGAGUGUGUUAUGUUGCGGUGCAGGCGAUGUGGACGGUGAGACGGUUGACAUGGCAAGGCUGCACACACACCUGGCCAGGAUGAAAGUGAGAAGGCACCGGCGCUUCCUGCUCUGCACAGCUGGAGUUUGUUUCCUCUCUCUGUUGUAUUGCUAUAAAACUCUCCAUCAGGAAACUCUGCUGCUGAGACUGUCCACCUACAGCUCACGACUGUCAGGAUUCAGCGGUCUCCUCUGGCAAGACACACCCACUGGAUAUCUCCUUCCUGACACGUAUAAGCCAAAGAACCCAGCAGAAGAAUAUUUGCUCCGGCUAAACCUCUCAGGUCCACAUGAAGAAUUUCAUCAACGAAAAUACAUUCUGCAAGAUGAUCCCAAAUCCUACUUCAUCCACACUGAGACAGGAAUGAUGUGCUUCAUUGAAGGGACCGAAAUGGAAUCAAAUCCACCUGAAGAUGCCUUGGUUGGUGAACCUCAAAGUGUGCUAUUGGAGCACCAUGGGAAAAAUGAAACCAUUCCACAAGAUCAUGCAGUCAUUUUGGCGAAGAAAGUGUCAAAUUGUGUUUGCCGCCAAGGUUGGCAUGGCCCCAACUGUGGCAUUCCAACAGUGGUGCAACACUCAAAUCUUCCCACCAAAUCACACCUGAAGCCUAGGAAGGUUCCACGUCGAAUUAUAAAUGCUAUCAACAUCAAUCACGAGUUUGACAUGCUGCAUGCUAGAUUUCAUGAACUAGCAGAUGCCGUGGAUGUCUUUCUGGUGUGCGAGUCAAGCUACACUGCCUAUGGUGAUGCGAAACCCCUGACUUUACUUCAUCUCCUCCUCAAUGGAACUUUCAAUUACAUAAAGCACAAAAUCAUUUACAUCCUUCUGGACCAUUUCCCCAAAGGCGGCCGCACCAACGGCUGGAUUGCAGAUGACUACCUGCGUACCUUCUUGUCCAAAAGUGGGUUGCAAAGGGUUCAGGGUCUGAGAUCUGAUGAUGUGUUCCUUCUGGAUGAUGCAGAUGAGAUUCCACUUCGGGAAGGAAUUCUUUUCCUCAAAUUCUAUGAUGGUUGGACAGAACCAUUCGGGAUUCACAUGCGGAAGUCCUUGUAUGGAUUUUACUGGAGGCAGCUGGGAACGUUGGACGUUUUAUCCGGAUGCACCAUACGCAUGCUUCUUAUGGUCUAUAAAGGGGACGGGAUUCUGUUACGACGACGGAAUUAUUACACCAUGCCAGGUUUCCGGGAGUAUGAAAAGACGUCAGGACAGGUUCUAAUGCCCUGGUCUAUCGGAAGCCCGGUUCACUAUGCAGGAUGGCAUUGUUCAUGGUGCUUCACACCAGAUGGAAUUUAUUAUAAACUGAUUUCUGCACAAAAUGGAGAUUUUCCUCGCUGGGGGGACUUUGAGGAGAAGCGGAAACUGAGUUACAUUCGGGAGUUAAUACGAACUGGUGGCUGGUUUGAUGGGUCAGUCUCAAGCUAUCCUCAAACAGACCCUAAAGAGCACUUGUUUGCUCCCAAAUAUCUGCUGGAUAAUUAUGAGAAGUAUCGCUAUUUACUAGAGAAUCCAUAUGCUAAAGAGUAAAAAUGAGCAGCAAAACAUGACAUCAUGUCUACCUGAUGGCUGGAAUUUAUCUUUGGUCAAGUAAUUGAACCCUGCAAAGUCAUUUUAUUUUGUUGGUACUUUGAUGCUUUAUUACUGAAACACUGAUCCUGAAAAUGGGAACACAAUAUUUUUAAAAGUAAAUGAAAGCUAGUCAGAGUCAUCAUGCUGGAGGACUCCAACAGUGGAUUCUAACUUGAGAAUACAAUCAAAACACUUCCAAUAUCCCAACUAUGGAGAUGCAACAAAACCUUUUCUCACAUUUCUUCCAGUUGGAGUGUCAGUAUUUUCCAGAUAGUGAAUAAAUAUAUCCAGUUCUU